AUGAUGCAAUCAACGUUGCCAAUACUUUUGAUGUUGCUGGUAGCCGUCUGGGCUCGACCUCAGUUCGGUCCGUACGAUGGCGGUUCAUUUGGACCCGGUGAAGGAUCGGGAGGACCUGGAGGACCAGGUGGAUCAUUCGGAGGACCGGGAGGACCAGGUGGACCAUUCGGAGGACCAGGUGGAUCAUUCGGAGGACCGGGAGGACAAGGUGGACCAUUCGGAGGACCCGGAGGACCAGGUGGAUCAUUCGGAGGACCGGGAGGACAAGGUGGACCAUUCGGAGGACCCGGAGGACCAGGUGGAUCAUUCGGAGGACCGGGAGGACCAGGUGGACCAUUCGGAGGACCCGGAGGACCAGGUGGAUCAUUCGGAGGACCGGGAGGACAAGGUGGACCAUUCGGAGGACCCGGAGGACCAGGUGGAUCAUUCGGAGGACCGGGAGGACAAGGUAGACCAUUCGGAGGACCCGGAGGAGCGGGAGGACCAUUUGGUCUCGGUCGAAGUGCAUUUGGCGGCGGUUUCGGCCCACCACCACCAGGAGGUCCUUUUGGAUUAAUGGGACCAGGAGGUCCUUAUGGUCCAAUGGGUGGAUACGGAUACCAACGAGAUCCAGUUAGAGGAGCGUUAACAGGUGCACUCCUGGAUGGACUGUUUGGUGCGAUAGCGGGUUGA